CAUUAUAUCUCCUAUCAUGCAUUCAUAGUAUCACCUGCCUGUAUACACUACAAUGGAGCCCCUGACAUUCGUCUAUGGCGAGGAUGACGACCCCCCGGCAGAGACAACGCCCUUCAUUGUUCAAUCAACUAUCUUCGAAAACAAAAUAACUGACAUCUUCCGCCGAUACCUCCAAACCGAAGAUAAAUCAGAAGAUAGCUUAAGCUUGACUAGCGCAGCACAGGCAAUUAUAGAACUGCUUCCGGAUCCCCCAGACCCGCGAGGAUAUUCAAUGGAGCUCUCAACUUUAUGGGAGUUAUGUAUCGAGACCGCCCAGCAGAUCCCCUACUAUCACAUAUGUCAGAUGAAGCUGGCACGGCUCCUUCUCGUUCUACAGCAUUCACCUAAGACCGCAUUUACUAUUACUUGGGAUCGGGCUAGGGACAUUAAGUUUACGUAUCAUUUAAAUCUCUUGAAAGAGACAAGUCGUGAUAUCUACGACCCCGCUUUCGAGCCUCAACAUUGCGCCGCGGAUUCGACUCCCGAAGAUGGCCGGCGCUGGGUCAACACAGUUGCAUUUUACGCCCAUAUGUAUGCUCUGAGCGGUGGGACGCGAUUCACUACAUAUUGUACCUGGACUAUGCAUGAUGCAUUCAUGUCUACAGCAUCUACCAAGUAUGACGCUCUAGACUGUCAUAUAUCUGCCGCUGCACAAUGGAUAUUAUGUGCUGGACAGAAUAUUUUCUCGGCCAUCCUAAUCCCUCCAGAGGAAGAACAUAGCAUGGUGCUAUCCAGAGAACCUUGGACGCUAGGAGAAUGGCGACGCUGGAAGGCUGGAUUUGCAGCGGCAGAAGCAGAAGAGAAUCUACAGCAGGAAACCAGACAGCUUGCAAAGAGAUCUAUCAUUCUGAUGGAAGCACUCGAGGCCACUAUGAUAAGUGGCCGGCGUGCGACUGGGGGAUAACUUUGCCUGGUUAGGCUAUAGACUAGGCACUCUUUGAUCGAGAGGGGAUAAUAAAGACGAUAGAGAUUUCUUAUAUAGGGGACUUCGUGAUAGG